AGGACGCCCAACCGACUUCUGUCCUCUAUAUAUUCUCUCUCUGUGUCUCAAAUCAUUUUUAAUCGUGUAACAGAGAAGCUAAAAUCUCAAGUUUCAGACUUUCAAGCAACAGAUACAGAGUUUUCAAGUUUUCAGCAAGCAAAGUUCAUGGUUGACAUAGACGUUCAGAUCCCAUCAUCCUUCGAUCCAUUCGCCGAGACCAAGAGUUCUGCUAAUUCCAAAGGUGGUUAUGUUCAUCUCCGAGUUCAGCAGAGGAAUGGCAAGAAAAGCAUAACCACAGUUGAAGGAUUGAACCAGAAUUUCAGCUACUCUAAGAUCCUCAAAGACCUCAAGAAAGAGUUCUGUUGUAAUGGGAAUGUUGUCCAGGACAAAAAUCUUGGCAAGGUGAUCCAACUCCAGGGCGAUCAGCGCACCAAUGUUAUGAACUUCCUUAUCAAAGAAAAGCUUGUGGACAAGAACCAGAUCAAAGUUCAUGGUUUUUAAGGAAGUGGGGUUGUGUGAUCUGGAGAUUAUUAUACUAUUUUCAGGGUGAAUUUGUUGAGUUUGUUUCAUUUUCCUUUUUUUUUUUUCUUUUUGUGUGGGGUGAAUUUAGAUUUGGGUUUGGAUACUAGACUGUUGAAGUUUGAUUAAUCAUGGAAAUAAAAGUAAUAGAUGUUUCAUUGAA